CUGUCUCCACUGCGUGCGUACUGCCCCAUAUUUCCCCCAGUCUCUCUUUCAAGGUUAUCGUGCAUUAAUAGCAGUUUUCUCUGCAGCAGAUUACAGUUAAAGAUCCGCGCAACAAGUUUGCAGGAGCCCCCAACACGCCGUUAGACAGGUAGACUCGCGUCGGCUGGCGCUCCACUCAUCUAUCUGCGGCUGCCUCCACAAAGUCUACUGUACGUGAACACAGCGUUGCAGACAUCAACUCAAACAAGCACGCUCACACGCAGCAGAGUGCCAUACAUUCGUGACUCCGCGCCAGAUGCUGUUUGCUUCUAACAGCUCGUGUAUAGUUUGUAGUUGAGUGGAGAUCGUGGAGGCAAAAGGAGCGUUAAAGUGCGCGGAAAAAAUGGAGAAAGAAGCGGCACCUCUGAGGCGACAGCACGGCCGCACGACAGCGCUGAACAUAAUCUCGUCUUUAUGUUCAGUGGCGUCCAUCGCAUUUUGCGUUUAUCUGAGCAUCAACACUGCUGACAUCAAGAACCGAGUUGUGGACUUGGAGAGCGGGUCAGGCGAGCACACCUUGAUCCAUGGCUCUGGUUACUCCAUGGAUGAUUUUAAUUCCCUUAUUCAGAAAAGAGUGGAUGAGCUUCUGUCUCAGCGCACCUAUGAAAACUUUGUCAAGAUUCGGACUGCCAGACAAACAUCACCUGAAUGCAACUGCCCUCCAGGACCUCCGGGUAAACGGGGAAGACGAGGUCGCGAUGGGGAACCUGGACCUCCUGGCCCUCCAGGUCCAAAGGGUGAAAAGGGGGAUCAAGGCGACCAGGGACCACGGAUGGUCUUCCCUAAGAUCAAUCAUGGCUUUCUUUCCGCUGACCAGCAGCUCAUAAAGCGACGGCUCAUUAAGGGAGAUCAGGGCCAAGCAGGACCACCUGGGCCACCAGGGCCACCAGGCCCUCCUGGACCAAGGGGCCCUCCAGGGGACACAGGAAAGGAUGGACCUAGAGGUGUUCCAGGUCUACCAGGUGAUCCUGGAAAUCCAGGAGAAGCAGGACCCAUGGGACCUGAGGGGCCACAAGGGCCAAAGGGUUCUCUUGGGCCUUCUGGCAUCUCAGGUGUUGACGGACUGAAGGGAGAUGUUGGCUUCCCAGGACUGGACGGUAUCCCAGGGGCCAAGGGUGAAAUGGGAGAACGAGGUGAAAAGGGUGAUAUGGGUGAAGAGGGUCCGAAAGGUGACAUGGGAGAGAAGGGAGAUGCAGGCUCCUCUGCAGCAGGCAUCAAGGGCGAACCUGGAGAACCUGGACGGAGUGGACAAAAGGGAGAGCCAGGACUUCCAGGGCUGCCUGGACUCCCAGGGAUAAAGGGUGAGCCUGGAUUCCUUGGUCCCCAGGGAGAACCCGGGCUUCCAGGACUCCCAGGAACAAAGGGGGAGAGAGGUGAGCACGGACCACCAGGAAAGGGAGAACGAGGAGAAAUCGGACCUGUUGGACCAAAGGGCUCACAGGGAGAGGCUGGCAUGCCGGGCCCAAAAGGGUCAAAGGGGGAGACUGGAGAUAAAGGAGACUUGGGGUUGGCCGGCCCAAAGGGCCCUCCUGGACAAAAAGGAGACCAAGGAGCAACUGAAAUUAUCGACUACAAUGGAAACAUUCAAGAGGCCUUGCAGAAGAUAACCACUAUUACAGUUACGGGUCCUCCAGGUCCGCCUGGACCAGUUGGACCACAGGGCAUAAAGGGGGAACGUGGCAUGCCUGGUCUCCCUGGACUUGAUGGAGAAAGAGGCUAUAAAGGUUCCAAAGGUGACAUGGGAAUGCCCGGGGCCUCUGGGGAGAAAGGAACUACUGGUCUACCUGGCUUACCUGGUGUCAAUGGAGUAAAAGGGGAUAAAGGAGAUUCAGGACUUCCUGGUCCUCAAGGUCCAUCUAUUAUUGGGACUCCAGGGCCAGCAGGGCCCCAUGGCCCCCCUGGACCUAUGGGACCCCAUGGCUUCCCUGGACCAAAGGGGGAGCCCGGUUUGCAUGGUAUGAAGGGUAUGAGAGGGGAACCAGGACACAAAGGGGACCGUGGACCAUUGGGGCUCCCUGGAGCCUCUGGCUUGGACGGCAAGCCCGGAAUUAGGGGCACUGAUGGGCCUCCAGGUCCAGCUGGUCCAGCCGGUCCGAAGGGUGACAUAGGUGAGAGGGGAGCACCAGGCGAGCCAGGACCACGAGGACCUUAUGGCCUACCUGGAGCUGCUGGAACACCAGGCUUGGAUGGGUUGCCAGGCUUAAGGGGAGAGAAAGGCGACAUUGGGGAAAGAGGAGAAAAGGGGGAGAAGGGAAAGAAGGGCAAAAAAGGGCCUAAGGGCGAGAAAGGAGAACAGGGUGCCCCCGGAUUAGAUGCACCCUGCCCAUUGGGUCCAGAUGGACUACCAAUGCCUGGCUGCUGGCAGAAGUGAUCGCUCUAACCCGAAACGCAUGGAGUUUGUAAAUAAUGCUUCUUUUAUGGUAUUUAUAGUUUUUUAAAGGAAAACCAGUCUAAAAGAAAAGAAGUUUAAGUGUACAACGAUUAAAAAAAAGAGAUAACCACCCCCGAGUAUCAUGCCCUAAGCUGCUUCUACUCACAUCGCCGUGUGGAAACAAAAACGUGUGUGUCCGCUGUCUCACAUCCACAUUGUGGUGGAGUUCAGAUCCUCGGCUGGCGGCAGAACAUGUGUCUUUAGUCUUUGCAUGACUCAGACUGGAGCAUCGCAGCCUGACCAGAUUCGCAGGGGGGUGAGAGGAGGAGGAGGAUGAAGUGAAGACGUGGGGGGAUCUGGACUGGCUCCCUAACACCAAACGCUAGGUGUUGUGUGUUGUUUCGUCUCAGUAAGCUCACCACCCAUUUAUGUGGCACUAUUUUCUCAAAGACUAAAAAAAAAAAACAAGAGGAAAAGACAGUGCCAAGCUGAACCUUGCUCCCCUGACCCCUGCAAAAGCAUGAGUAUUGUACUAUUUAAGUGUAUUGUACAUACAUGUCACUGAAAUGUGGUUGCGUCAUGGCUUCUGCAGAAAACCAACACUAACAAAAAUCCCCAGAGCUCUAAAAAGGUAAUUUUUUGUUUCCCUUUCAUCUUCCAAAGGGAGUGACACCGUGGCUGGUAGCCUGAGUAUCCCAAGAGAGUAAAGCCAUUGGUAAUUGUUGCUUUGUUGAGGUGAUGCCUGCAGAGCGUGCAGUCUCAGCAAGUUUUCACUGUUGCACUCAUGAGGCUCAGCAUCGUCAGUGUGGUGCCUCCAGCGGCAACAUUUCUCCGGACAGGAGCGGAGAGUUGGCAGGCUCGCUGCAUGGACAGGAAAAUAAAUCAGGCUCAAAAAGUUUUGAGUUUGGAAAGGCAUGCUCAAGAACCCCUCUGAGCAUGAGGAAUGGAUUCUGCAGGAGAGUUGCUAUGAGUCUCACCGAGAUCAUCUGUAGCUUCUUUUCUGACAGGCAACGCUUCAAGGUCUGCUAAGACCGCUGGCAGAAUGCAAUCAUGAUUUUUCUUUAUUAAUUUUUUUUUCUUUCUUUUUAGCUCUGAUUCUUACAUUAUUUGUAUUUUGUGUAUAAUAGCCUUUUGUGCCUCAAGCUUUUAUUCAUUCCUUUAUCAGAAAUGUACAAAUUUAUAUCAUGUUGUUAACCAUUUGAAUGGGGUUGUGUUUGAGAAAGGGAAUAUCUUUUUGGGAGGCAAGUUAUGAGGGCUAAAAAACAUAUAUCAUUGCUCAGUGUUUUUCAUAUCAUUUGUUUUUCACAGAGCUAAAAUACCAUGUGACCCACAGCUUCAGCUGAGCAUACAUCCAUCUUUUAAUGGGUUUUUAAAAAAGAGAAAAGAAAGCUUGUGUGAUGCAAAUAUGUUACUUUUCCCACUCAGAACAUGUAUGGAGUAUUAUUUGUGCAGUGUUAUCAGUUUGCUGCAUGAACAAUUUAGAAAAAAAGGAUUUUUUAAAUAUUGAAAAUUCAUUCAAGGAAGCACAAUUGUUCUGGGGGUUUUAUGUUUUUUCACUGCUUCAGAAUCAGAUUUAACUCAACGCUCACUUUCAGAUUUGUCACAUUCAGGCAGAUUAUGAAUAACAGUCAAACCUCCACCUCUCUCUCUUACACAUCAUAUAUGGUCUUAAGUAUAUUGAAAACAUGUUGCAAGAAAAGCUAAAUUUCACAGACACCGUUAACACACCACAAUCUAAUUGGUGGCCAGUUAUGUCACAUUCCUUACCAGAUGGAGCAAAAACGAAUGAAGUUUCACCACAGUUGAUUUAUUGUUUCACGUUUCCUGUAUUCAAAUUGCCUUUUGACAUAGUAGUCGCUAUGCAAGGUAAUGCCAUUUUUUUUCACAUAAAUAUGCAUGAAUAAUUUACUGUAAGAAUAGACAUGAAAACAUUUUGUUGUAAGGUAGAGGCAACGCAGAUGGAUCUGUGAGGAUUUCCUUCCAUAUUGUUUUAUUGUACAGUUCAUCUCAUCGUGAUGAAAAUGGAUGCACAUCUGUAAAGACUUUAAUGGUGCUAUCUGAUAGAAGGUGACGUCUCAGUUGAUGUGCUCUACUAGUGGCAUAAACUACACAACAGGUUUCUUUAUUGGGUUUAUGUUUUAAUGAUUUUAAGUUUUUUUUUGUGCAUAUAUAUUUGUGUAUUUGUCUCCGUAUUUUUAAGUGAUACAUUAUUUAUUUUUCUAUAUUUCUUAAAUGAAGGCAUUUUUUGGUUUGGAACAGCAUUCCUUUCAGCCUCUGAUGUCGGUUUUGUGUUGAAAUGAAGAACUCUGGGUUGUGCUAAUGCAUCAUUAACGGUACAGUGGAAAGGAAGUUGGUUAUUUACAUUUUGCAGAUCAGUGAGUACUCACUGAGCAUUUAUUUCAGCUUAUAGGCCUUACCAUGCCAUGUGUGCAUCUGUUUUUAUUUAAUUUUUGUGUUUUAAAAAGCUGACAAUGACAGCAAAGUACUGAUGGCCUGGAUGUUGACAGGCCCAGCCAAUGCAAGCAUACAUGCAUACAGCCUUUCUCACACUUUCUCUUUUCUCUCUCUGUCUCUUUGCAUUGAAUGUAGUUUGAUAUAUGUAUAGUGGAUUAUUAAAGUACUGUCGACAUGUGUGCUCAUUUGAUAUAAAGUGCAAUUUAUACUUUGGAUCAUGUGUGUAGCUUAAUGCAAAUGCAGCUUAAAGAUCACAUGAUGGUGAUUUCUAUAGCUUCAUUUGAUCAGUCUUGCUACCCUGUAUACCACUACCUGGAAAGAAAAUUAUUUACCAGGAGAGAAAGAAGUAUAUGUAAACAUGGGCCUUUAAUUAAAUCUUAAUUUUCAUGAUUUUUUAUUCAAUUUGUCCCUUCACUCAUAUUUUAAAGUGUUAUUUCCACUGAUUUUUAUUAAGUUUGUGAAAGGUGUUUUUUUUUCUUUUUGUUUUUUGUGUUUUGGUUUAAAGCCUUUGUUACAGUAUUUGUUCUCACAAGGUGCUGUAUCUUUAGCAUGUGCAGCUAAUUUUGUAAUAGAUUUUUUUUAUUUGACUAAUCUUUUUAAGGUUUGUGUUGAAGUUUUUAAUUUAGUUUAAUUAGCUUUUAGCAAAAGUGCCAAAAUCUGAAUUUCCAUAUUAGUAUGAAGAGUUCUAGCAAGACAGAAUUUGAUGCCACCCAUUUGCAAAAUUAUGGUUUGCAGUAGAGCUUUGGGUCAAGAAUUCCUCUGAGGACACAGUAGAAUACAUUCAAGUUAGAAAUUAGGUGAAGGCUAAUGAAGUCACAUCCACAGUGUUGUUCUGCAUUCAUGUAAAUGACGUUAGCCUUACAAAAAAAAACUAUUUUGCCACAUAAGCUUGAAAAUAAAAUGCAGACUUUAGCACUAAAAAGAAAAUAAAAAACAAAACAAAAUGCAAAAUCCACUUUCUGACUUACUGGAAUUAAGAUUUCAUUUUAUAAUUGUGAUUUCUGGUCUACAUUUGUAUAACUUCUUUUCUGCCCACUUCAUUCACACAAAUUUCUUUGAUGACCUUUAUGUCCACACUCUGUAUUUCAAGUUGACAUUUCAUACGACUGUACUGUUGGAGCCAAAUAAACAGUCUUUCAAAAACA